GAAAAUAUGUAAGAUGGCCGUGAAUUUUAUCUAAUGACAUUUAUCGUUUAGUUUUCGUUAUCUUUUAAAAAAACAAUUUCAUCGUAACGUGUUUGUAAGUAAGAAAAUGCCCAGACGGAAUAAUGACAUUCCCUUAGAAUUAGAUAGUCCAAGAGGAAGGGUUUCCAUUAACAAUAGUUUUGAGUCAAGAUGCACGAAACAGGGCGAAUUGUUUACCGAUUUAGGCUUAAAACAAUGGAGAUUGGGGAAACCUAUAGGCAUUGGGGGUUUUGGAGAGAUUUACCUGGCUUCCGAUGACUUAUCCAGAGAAAUAAAGACUGACACUUCUUAUGUGGCAAAAGUUGAAAAGCAUACAAAUGGUCCUUUAUUUGUUGAAAUUAAUUGUUAUUUAAGAAUUGCUAAGGAGUAUAUGGUUGAACAUUGGAAACAACAACACAAUUUGUCUCAUUUGGGUAUGCCCCAUUAUGUUGCAUCAGGUUCACAUGUUAUAGAAGACGAAAAAUAUCGAUUUUUGAUCAUUCCCAGAUACAAAAAGGAUUUAGAGAGAAUAUUAAGACAAAAUAAAUAUUUUAACCUUAAAACAGUAUUGACAAUUUCCUACCAAAUUAUGGAUGUUUUGGAAUAUAUACACCAUCAUGGAUAUAUUCAUUCAGAUAUUAAGGCUCAAAAUAUAAUGUUGGAAUCCCCAGUGAAAUCAAAAUCCAAGGAAGUUGCAGUCAGAAAAAGAGGCACUGCUAAAAAAACCCAACUCAAGAGGAAACCCAGAAAAUUAAGAAACUUACGACCUAUUAAUUAUAAUGAUGACAUGCAAGAAUUUUUUGAUUUUAUAGAUAAAGCAAAGUUAUCAAGCCCUAAGGCUGGUAAAAAUGAGGAAAUGUGUGAUAAAAUAUAUUUGUUAGAUUAUGGUCUAGCUUCGAAAUACAGACAGUUGAAUGGAGAACAUAAAGAAUUCUGUACUGAUGAAAGGAAAGCCCAUGCUGGUACAAUUUUAUUUUGCUCUCGGGAUGCACACAAAGGAGUACCAUCAAGAAGGUCUGACUUGGAAUCCCUAGGAUACAAUAUUAUUUAUUGGCUGACAGGAAAUUUGUUAUGGUCUGAAGACGUAGAUGACCCAGCAGUUGUGGAAAGGAAGAAAAACAAGUGCAUGGCAGACAUACCCAACUUUUUGGGCUUUUGCUUUAAUGGCGACUGCCCAAAAUUUUUAAUGGAAUAUUUUACUUACAUAGAAAAACUAAAGUUUGAAGAAUACCCAAAUUACCAAUAUUGUAGGCAACUAUUUAAAAAGGCUGUGAAUGAGUAUGGUUAUAAAGACGAUAUGAGGUUGGAUUUAGAAAAUCUGGAAGGUUGGGGUAGUAAGCAAAAGAAAAUCAAAAGUUGUGGUAGGGAAAAUAUUAAGCCCAGAGUGUUAAUAUCCAUGGGCCCUCCUAAAUUUGUUGUAAAUUCAAAGACUAAUGUAAUAUUUAAAAGGCCUAAAUUAAGGAAAAAAGCCAAAGCCAACACAAAUGAUUCAAUGAUGAACUGGUCAAAGAUAUUAGUCGACAACCCAGAAGAAAUUUUUAGAGCAGCCAGAGAAAGAAAAAAUACUGAAGGGAGCGAUUCUGGGGGUGCAAAUAUUUUGGACAUGGACAUAGAAAGCAUGAAUCCCACCUAUGCAAUGCUAGAAGUUUAUAAUAAAUACAAAGAACAAUCUGACAUAUCUCCUAGAUACAAAGGAGAAAGUACUGUAGAGCAUGUGGAAGGUUACACGCCGGCUAUGAUGAGCGUCCUCAUAAAAAAAAUUGAACGUGAUUUGAUAGAGGAAGAGAAAAUUUUUACAAAAAAUAUGAGUACAAAAAGGUCAAAAGGUAGCAAAGGCCCUUCUAAAAAGAAGCGUUCACAAAUUGUAAAAAAGGUUGAAACCCCGCGAUACACAAGAGUUACAAGAAGUACAUCAGCAUUAAAUAAUAAUAAUAAAAAGUCUUCACCCCCCAAGAAGUCAAAAAGCGUUCCUAUUACUAGACAAAAAAACAGCCUAAGGGGUUAAUUGCCAAGAAUAAAAAAUAAAUAAUAAUAUUAUGUUGCAUUAGUAAUAAGUUUGUAUCAGGGACUAGAGUAAAGUUUUAAGCACUUUUUCUUGUUCAUUUAUUAUUUAUAAUGAGUAACACUUUAUUAAAAAGUACAUUUAUUUAUAUACAUACAUAUAUGUUUCUUGAUUAAUCAUAGUUUUACUCAUUAAAAUUUUAAAUAA